AGAAAAUGCCAUGACCGAUGGAAGGGCAAGUGUGGCAGUUGUCACUGCAUUCAUGAGGCAGAAGUUGUCCACAGCCACUGAUGGCGACAUUGACCAUUUUACGGAUCGUCUGGUAGAGAUGGCAGACGAUCAAGAGUUAGUCAUAGAUCAGAGGGCCUUGGUGUCCUACUCCCUCCUGGUUUUUGUAUGCAAAACGAUUCUUGAGAAGGUAGGCUUGCCAGAACUGUUCAUCCUCGUAGAGGAAAAAAUUGAAAAAGUUGUGCUGCCAAGUUAUAUGGAAGCAUCCUAUGUCACUGCCACAUCUGUUCAGUUGCCAAAGCAAGUUUGCAAUGACAUCGACAAAGUGUUGAAGAGCUUCUUCGGAUCAAUUACUGUUUCUAACGUUCAAAAC